CUAGCGGAGCCUCGUGUUGGUUGGGCUCGCUCCCUGCCUCUACCCGGGCUCAGUAACACAACUCCCACAACAAUUUCUGUCGCUUUUUUUACGCAUUGUAUGGAGCCUCCAUCAUUUCUCUAACCCGUUUACGGAACCGGAACCGGGAGGAUGGAGGCCGGAUUCGGUCCGGUAUAAGGGGUGGGAAUGCAUCGGCACAAGGAUAAAUGGUUCUAAACAAUUAUUUAUAUUCAAUGCUAGCUUUUGAUUGUGACUGACUCGCCGAGAGAGGGAGAGAGAGGUGGGGGGGUAUAUCAUGGCCGCUCAGGUCGCCAGCGCCGCCACUCUUAACACUAGCCCGCCGUCCGAACUCAAAAAGCCGGAUCGAGACGCCAAGGACGAGUCGGUUCCAGGAGAGAAGCAGUCAGACAAAAAGCAGCCGGGCUUGGACAGCGGAUCGCCGGGAAGGGGGGAUCUGCAGGACGGGGCCGACGGUGGAAAUGUAGGGGGAGGAGGGGAACCUGAGAUGAAGAACGGGAAUGGGAACCCGCCCAGGGCUAACAAUAAUACCCAGAAUGACUCUGUCGGACCGGAGGGAAAUAACCACCCCGGUUUGGUACAUCACCACGGCGCCGCUUUUCCCCCACCUUCGUACGGAUACAGUCAGCACUACGGUCGGGCCCCUUUUCAUCAACAUGGCGGACAACAAAGCCCUGGCAUGGCAGCUGCUGCGGGUCCGGUCGUGCAGUCGAGCAACAUGAUGGACCCUUAUCAACCUAAUUCCCACGACCACGGCUUUUCAAACCACCAGUUUAACAAUUAUAACCCAUUCCCGAACAGAACUCCGUAUCCUGGCCAAGCGUACGCCAUGAACUCCCCUCGCAGCGCCCAGGCGCCGACAGCUGGGGGGCAACCAGCUAAGCAGCAGCCACCAGCGGGAGGACCCACAGCAAUGGCUGGAUCUUAUAGUAAUCAGAGAUAUAACAUUGGAAAUCCUCAACCUACAUCCACACCGACACUCAACAAGCUCCUAACUUCCCCUAGCUCAACGCGGGGAUAUCAAAACUAUCCGUCUAGCGACUACAGUAGCCAAGAAGGAGCUAGUAAGGGACCAGCAGACAUGGGCAGUAGCGUUCAGUAUGGAGGGAGCAAUCCGGCUUGGCAACAAAGAAGCCAUCACCCAUCGCCUAUGAGCCCUGGAAGUGCUGGGCAGCCAUUAGCAAGAAACCAGCCACCUGGUUCCAUGGACCCAAUGGGAAAAAUGAGGGGUCAGUCAUAUGGAACAAGCGGUCCAUACGGUCAACAGUCACAGCAAGGGCCUUCUACAGGUCCACAACCAGGGCCUGGUUACCCCGGUCAGGGUUAUGGCCCACCAGGUCCCCAGCGAUAUCCAGUGGGAAUGCAGGGCCGGACCUCUGGAGGCAUGGGUGGCAUGCCAUAUAGCCCACAGAUGGGAUCUUAUGGCCAGCAGGGACCAGGAGGCUAUGGCUCUCAGGGCCAGGCACCUUAUUAUGGGCAGCCAGGCCAGGCUCCUCAUCCAAGUCAGCAACAAACCCCGUACUCACAACCUCCACCUGGACAACCUGGUGGCCAGUCACCUUACCCAGGGCAACCCCAUCCUCCUCCGACUUCUACUCCCCACACCCAGGGAGGACCAUCCUAUCAGCAGCCCCACAUGCCCCCACAGUCCCAGGGGCCACUGCCAGGCCCAUCCCAAGGGCCCCCACAGUCACAGCCCCCUUAUUCUCAACCUUCAGCCCCACAGUCUGGCCAGUCUCCCUACGCGCAGCAGCAGGGUCCUCCCAGUCAGGCCCCACAGCAACCAAGCUCCCAGGCUAACCCUGUAUCGCAAGGCCAGUCCAGCUACCCAGGAUCCACACAGGGGCCCCAGCAGCCACCUUCACAGCAGCAGCAGUCACAGUCCCAUCCACAGCAGCCACCAGGACAUAGCCAGCACCCACCAGGGCAGCCUGCAGGUUACCCGCAGAACCCUCAGCAGCAGCAGCAAGCACAACAGUCACCUUAUCAGCGCUUUCCUCCUCCUCCGCAGCAGGACCUGUCAGGGUCCAUCGACGACCUGCCUACCGGUACAGAGGGCGCCCUGAGUCCCGGCGUGAGCACGUCAGGUGUGUCAAGCAGCCAGGGUGAGCAGAGCAACCCUGCUCAGUCGCCCUUCUCUCCUCACACGUCUCCACACCUGCCAGGCAUCCGAGGGCCUUCACCUUCCCCGGCUGGCUCCCCUGCCAGCGCCAGCACAUCCCGCACAGGACCACUGUCACCUGCCAACAUGCCAGGGACCCAGAUGCCUCCCAGGCCAUCAAGUGUGCAGUCAGAUGGGAGCCUACACCCAGCAAUGCGCCAGUCUCCUAUGGCCCAGGACAGAGGGUUUAUGCAGAGAAACCCUCAGAUGCCCUCUUACGGCUCACCCCAGUCAGCCUCUGCACUGUCACCACGCCAGUCCUCUGGGGGACAGAUGCACCCUGGGAUGGGCCCAUAUCAGCAGAACAACUCCAUGGGUGGCUACGGGCAGCAGGGAGGACAAUAUGGCCCUCAAGGUUAUCCCCGGCAACCUAGCUACGGCAACAUGCCUAAUGCCAACUACCCUGGGCCUGGCAUGGGUUCAAUGAACCCAAUGGCAGGCCAGGGUGGAGGGCCUCCAUAUGCUGGCAUGCCUCCAGGAAGGAUGCCUCCUAAUCAAAUGGGGGCACGUCCCUACGGCCCCAAUAUGGGACCCAAUAUGGGCCCUAGCAUGGGCCCAAACAUGCCUCCCAAUAUGGGCAACAUGCCACCCCAGGUGGGCUCAGGAAUGUGUCCUCCACCAGGAAUGAACAGAAAGCCCCAGGAUCCCUCAGCCAUGCAACACCCUGCCACAAACUCCAUGCACAACAGGAUGCCUGGGUACCCCAACAUAUCUCCAGGCAUGAUGGGCUCUGGCCCACCUUAUGGCCCUCCAAUGAACAGUAUGCCUGGAAUGAUGAACACUCCAGGUGGAUCACCUUAUCCUAUGGGGCCAAACAUGGCCAAUAACACAAGCGGUAUGGCGUCUAGUCCAGAGAUGAACAAUAAGAUGAAUAACAAAGUAGAUGGGAGUGGGACACCCAAGCCAGAUUCCAAAUCAAAGAAGUCCAACUCUUCCACCACAACCAGUGAAAAGAUAACACAUCUGUAUGAGUUAGGACCAGAGCCAGACAGGAAGAUGUGGGUGGACCGUUAUUUGGCCUUUAUUGAAGAGAAAUCUAUGGGCAUGACUAACCUGCCUGCUGUUGGACGCAAACCCCUCGACCUCUUCCGACUAUAUAUGUCAGUCAAAGAGAUUGGAGGCAUGACACAGGUGAAUAAGAAUAAGAAAUGGCGUGAUCUUGCCACUUCCUUGAAUGUGGGUACAUCCAGCAGUGCUGCCAGUUCUUUAAAGAAACAGUACAUCCAGUGUCUGUAUGCCUUUGAGUGCAAAAUUGAGCGUGGUGAAGACCCCCCUCCUGAGAUCUUUACAGACAACAAAAAGAACCAAGCUGCUAAAGUCCAACCACCCUCUCCAGCGUCCGUCUGCUCCACAGCUGGGUCAGGCUCUCUGCAGGGUCCUCAGACUCCCCAGUCUACCAGCAGCUCUAUGGCUGAGGGGGGAGACUUAAAGCCUCCUACUCCAGCUUCUACUCCUCAUGCCCAAAUGCCCCCCAUGCCGCCCGGAUCCAGGAGCAGCGUUAACCUGCAGGACCCCUUCUCUGAAGGAAGCGACCCAGCUUUCCCCAGGAAGAACAUGACACCCAACUCCAACUAUCAGCCUGGCAUGAACACACCCGACAUGCAAGGUCGAAUGGGCCCGUACGAACCCAACAAAGACCCCUUUAGUAACAUGCGGAAAGUUGGGGAGCAGUUUCUACCUGCUAACCAGGGUCCCAACAGCGGGGUGAGUGACCAAUCCCAGCAGCCACCUCAACAACAACAGCAACAGCCUCCAUUCAACAGAGGACCCCCUGGGGCCAUGGCCACGAUGCCAAUGGGGCCCAGGCAGCAGUAUCCCUAUGGACCAGGCUACGACAGGAGGUCAGAACAAGGAAUGGGCCCAGAAGGCAACAUGGGAUCGGGUGUUCCUCAGCCAAACCCGAUGAUGCCUGCCAACGCCGACACGGGGAUGUAUUCGCCAAAUCGCUUCCCACCACAGCAGCCACGGCAUGAUUCCUAUGGUAAUCAGUAUCCUGGACAGGGAACGCCCCCUACUGGCUCUUACCCAAAUCAGCAGCCUGGAAUGUACCCACAACAACCGAGUUACAAGCGUCCAGUGGAAGGGGGUUACCCACCAUCAAAACGUCAUGAGACGGAGUACAGUGGACCCUUCCCUGGUGGACAGCAACCGCCGCAGCAACCGCCGCAGCAACAAGGAGGCGCCUCUGCACCCUCUUCAGGACAGCAGGAGUCAUACAGCCAGUACAGCAGCAGUGGGCCCUACCCUGGUGCCGAUCGCCGUCCACCCGGGCCCGGCAAUCAGUUCCCAUUUCCCUUUGGUCGUGAACGGUUGCAGGGAGCAACAGGGCCCAAUUCACAACCCAACAUGCCCCCUCAGAUGAUGCAGUCAGGCCCUGAGGGUCCUCAGGGGGGCAUGUGGCAGGGACCUCGAGAUAUGAACUAUCAGAACUACCCCACCCGACAGGGUGGCCCUGGGGGUCCACCCCAGGGACCCGGUUACCCUGCUAUGAAUCGGGCAGAGGAGCUGAUGCCAUCAGAACAACGCAUGAAUCACGAUGGCCAGUGGGGGGGUCAGAUGGGUCCUCGGCAGCCUCCCUAUGGUCCAGCUGGGCCUGGCACACCUAUGCCUCGCCCAGUACAGUCUAACUACCAGCCCCCUCAGGGGGUGCAGAACCACAUUCCACAGGUGUCCAGCCCAGCAUCCAUGCCCCGCCCCAUAGAGAGCAGGACAUCACCUAGCAAAUCUCCCUAUAUGCAUGGAGUAAUGAAGAUGCAGAAGGCUGGUCCCCCAGUGCCUGCCUCACACAUAGUGCCCCCUCCAGUGCAGUCGCCUCUAAUAAGGCGAGACAUGCCUUUUCCCCCAGGCUCUGUAGAAGCUUCCCUUCCUGUCCUGAAACCACGUCGGCGACUCACCAUGAAAGAUAUUGGAACCCCUGAGGCCUGGAGAGUUAUGAUGUCAUUAAAGUCUGGUUUAUUGGCUGAAAGUACGUGGGCCUUAGAUACCAUCAAUAUACUUCUGUAUGAUGACAACAGUAUUUCCACCUUUGAUCUGAACACGUUGCCUGGUCUAUUAGAGUUGGUGGUUGAGUAUUUCCGACGCUGCCUCAUUGAAAUCUUUGGCAUUCUGCGGGAAUAUGAGGUCGGCGAGCCUGGCCAGAGAACACUACUUGAUCCUGAUGCCUUGAAACGAGACUGGGACGGAACAGAAGAAGAGGAACCGCGGGUGGAUGGUAUGGAACAAGAGGAAGAAGAUGAUGAUGAAGAGGAAGACCGAGAAACGGAGGGGCCAUCUCGUGUGAAAGAGGAGGAAGAUCAAAAGCAGUACUCUCAAGGUCAGGAUGAGAAGAGCAAAGGUUCAUCAUCUGAUCAGACAGGCUCGUUGCACACCUUACCUGCCCAUGAGAGACCCAGGCAGGCGAGCAAGUUUGACAAGUUUCCCCUGAAGGUGGUACGAAAGAAAGACCCAUUUACCGCUGCCCAGUCAAAUAAUCACGGGAAAGUUCAAGAGUUUGACAGUGGCUUACUUCAUUGGAGUGCAGGAGGGGGUGACUCAACAGAACACAUCCAGACCCACUUUGAACCAUGCAAAGCCUUCUUGGAACCACGAGAACGAAUACCUGUGCCACCAGUUUUACUAAAGCGACGAGUCCUAGAAGAAGAAAUACGGGAAAAUGGUUUACCUGCCGAGGAGGAAAGAAGGAAGCCUCAAGAUGAAGAAGAAAUGCCAAAAGAAACCUCUUCUUCAGAAAGAUCAGCAGUCUCUGACAAGUCCAGCUCCUCACUGAUCAGUGAGGAGGAGAGGAAGAUGGAUUGUGAGUCCAAGACAGCUGAGAGAGUCUCUAAAAGUCACCAGGAGAAUAACAGACCCAUUCCCUCCUCUGGCAGUUUUUUAACCCAGCAGGCACAGCAGACUGGCACCAUCCUGGAGGAUGAGCCUCACAGUAAAGAUGAGGGGCCGCUCAUUGCACUGACUAACUGGCAGGAUUCUUUAGCCCGGCGCUGCAUUUGUGUCUCAAAUAUUGUCCGCAGCCUCUCCUUCGUGCCAGGCAAUGACCACGAGAUGUCCAAACAUCCAGGACUGCUGCUUAUACUGGGCCGACUGAUACUGCUCCACCACCGGCACCCGGAGCGCAAACAGGCUCCACUCACCUACGAGAAGGAUGAGGAUUCGGAUGAGGGAGUGGGCCAAAGGAAUGAAUGGUGGUGGGACUGCUUGGAGCUACUGAGGGAGAACACAUUGGUCACUUUGGCAAAUAUUUCAGGUCAGCUGGACCUCUCCAUUUUCUCCGAAAGCAUCUGCUUGCCUCUGUUGGACGGUCUCCUUCACUGGGCGGUCUGCCCCUCAGCAGAGGCCCAGGACCCUUUCCCUACUCUGGGACCCCACGGUUCUUUGUCACCUCAGAGACUGGUCCUGGAGACGCUAAGUAAACUAAGCAUCCAAGACAACAACGUGGACCUCAUCUUGGCCACUCCACCUUUCAGUCGGUUGGAGAAGCUUUACGGGAACCUGGUGCGGCUAAUUGGAGACAGGAAGAUUGCGGUCUGUAGGGAGAUGGCUGUAGUCCUACUAGCCAAUCUGGCCCAGGGUGACACUCUGGCAGCUCGAGCGAUCGCUGUUCAGAAGGGUAGUGUGGGCAACUUGCUGGGCUUUCUGGAGGACAGUCUGGCUGCCACACAGCUUCAACAGAGCCAGAGCUCUCUACUACACCUACAAGGGAUGCCCUUCGAACCCACAAGCCCGGACAUGAUGCGGCGAGCGGCCCGGGCCCUGCACGCCUUAGCUAAGGUGGAGGAGAACCACUCGGAGUUCACACUACAUGAGUCCCGACUGCUCGACCUUUCAGUGUCUCCCCUAAUGAACUCGCUGGUUUCUCAUGUUAUCUGUGAUGUACUCUUUCUGAUCGGCCAGUCAUGACAGCUGGAGGGAGCCGUGGCUCCGCUUCUUGGGGUUUUUAUCCCCAGUCCCCUCCUCCCUGGUAACCUGGCUUGUGUGUGUAACAGGGCAAGGAAAGUUCAAGUGACUGUCUGUGUUUAAUUUAUGAAAAUCCUUCAGAUUCCAUUCUCUGUGCCUCGCUCGAGGAGGGGUAAUCACAGAGCUGUGGUGGAUCUACAAAUCAGAGAGAUGCCGACAAAGUGACACUACUUGCAACAUGAAUGCCGACUGGAUGACACAGAGCAAAGCACCACGGUUGGGAGACUGUGCUGCAC